UUACGAGGCCAGUACAAAACAAUUCUCAAGAAAAAUAAAUACAGACUCUCUGUCCAAAUGGGCUAGCUCCGAGUCAAUUUUGCCAGACUGGUUCAAAGCUCAAGCAGUGGAUUACUCAAGUCUACUACAUGAAUUGGAAUACGACAAAGUUGGAGUCCCGCCCGACUACAGUAAACUCCCUGAGGUUCUUCCACACAUUCGGUA